AUGCGGCUGCACCUGCGGAAUAGGGGUGGGACCAUCGCCAACUGCAGCGAAGAAUUUGUUAACAAGGAUCCUCCCUUGACCUCACAUCAUAGCCACUACGAUCCAUCUAGUGUAUGCGGUAAGCAGUUGUUUGUUGAUGCUGUUCUUCUCUCAGAGUGGCACAUGGGAAUCCUCAAGGCUAUUCGGAUCCAUGGGAAAGGGAACACAGAAGAAGUUUCUCUUAAUAUCCAAGGUGAAAGGGUUUGUGGUAGUGGUCGAUUUUCCAAUGUGUACUCUGCGGAUUUGAUUGAACCAGAGGACAGGAAAGUGGCUAUCAAAAAUUCCUGGGAACCAAAAAAUGUUAUAGCAGCAAAAACACAAGUUUUUCCUGAAAUCGAAGUCUUAUCACAUAUUCCCCCGCAUCCCAAUAUUGUAACACUUUUAUAUCAUUUCACAAGAAGAAUUGACAAACAGGUUAUUCACUGCUUGGUACUAGACUACUUGCCGGACGAUAUUCAAAGAUUGAGAGAUAAAGGGAUUAAAUUUGACGCACUCGAUGCAAAACUGUACUCAUAUCAACUCUUUUCUGCAGUUAGCUUCCUUUUUAGCUGCAAAAUUAUUCACUUGGAUAUUAAACCCUCCAACAUUGUUUUAAACCAUAUGGAAGGUCAUUUGAAACUCGCAGAUUUCGGUAACGCUGUUCACUUCGGUACUGUAGGGUCUUCUUCUUAUCAGGUAACAAGGUACUAUCGUCCACCUGAACUGCUCUUCGGAAGUACGGUGCUUACUCCGGCAAUAGGAAUGUUCAAAGAAGAAAAAGAUGUUUGGUCUGCUGCAUGUGUCACUUAUGAUUUUAUAACUGCAAAGCCACUGUUUAAAGGAAGAAAUUCUGAAGAGCAGGUGAAAAUGAUAGUCGAAGUGUUGGGAUAUCCAAGUACAGAAGAAAUAAAAGCUAUGGCAGCUAGCAGGCCACGUGUGCGCAGAUCAUCUCCCAGAGGACUUGCAAAAUUCAUUGGGGCUGGGUUUGAUGAAAAAGCCCUUUCGCUCUUACAAAAUGUUCUUAUCUACGAUCCGACAAAACGCAAAACAGCCGCGGAAGUACUGGAACUCGAUUACUUUGAUGCAUUAAAAAAGAUUCCUGUUCCAAUGAGAAGCAACAACAAACCAAUUCCACAACUAACGAUGACGAAAUGGCAUGUGCGUUCGCAGGAAGCUGAAGAAGAAAACGAUACCUUAUAA